GCUCCGCGCUCCCAGAAUGCACCGGCAGUCCGCGGGAAACCAAAAUGGCGAAGGGCUGUAGUGAAGUGGGCUGUGUUUGAGGCCGGUGUAAGAAGGCUCACUCUACUCUCAACCCUCAUCCCCAGGAUCUCGGUUUGUGCGUGUGCGUGUUCGGGGUGCCCGGUGGGGCGGGUGCCCAGUAGUGCUUGGACUCGCAGAGGAAGCGCCCAAGGGGACGUGAUUGGUUGUUUUUUCCUGUAUGAAGCGGUUGGCACCACUGAAGUGACCGAAUGAGAGACUCUACAGGGGCAGGUAAUUCACUGGUCCACAAGCGGUCUCCUUUACGUCGAAACCAAAAGACCCCAACAUCCUUGACCAAGCUGUCUUUACAGGAUGGACAUAAAGUCAAAAAGCCAGCAUGUAAAUUUGAAGAGGGUCAGGAUGUCCUAGCUAGAUGGUCAGAUGGCUUGUUUUAUCUUGGAACUAUCAAAAAGAUAAACAUAUUGAAACAGAGCUGCUUCAUCAUAUUUGAAGACAGUUCUAAAUCCUGGGUUCUCUGGAAGGACAUUCAAACAGGAGCCACUGGAAGUGGGGAAAUGGUCUGUACAAUAUGUCAAGAAGAGUAUUCAGAAGCUCCCAAUGAAAUGGUUAUAUGUGAUAAGUGUGGCCAAGGAUAUCAUCAGUUGUGUCACACACCUCAUAUUGAUUCCAGUGUGAUUGAUUCAGAUGAAAAAUGGCUCUGUCGACAGUGUGUUUUUGCAACAACAACAAAGAGGGGUGGUGCGCUUAAGAAAGGACCAAAUGCCAAAGCAUUGCAAGUCAUGAAGCAGACAUUACCCUAUAGUGUGGCAGACCUUGAAUGGGAUGCAGGUCAUAAAACCAAUGUCCAGCAAUGUUAUUGCUAUUGUGGAGGCCCUGGAGACUGGUAUUUAAAGAUGCUACAAUGCUGCAAAUGUAAGCAGUGGUUUCAUGAGGCUUGUGUGCAAUGCCUUCAAAAGCCAAUGCUGUUUGGAGACAGGUUUUAUACAUUUAUUUGCUCUGUCUGCAGUUCUGGACCAGAAUACCUCAAACGUCUACCAUUACAGUGGGUAGAUAUAGCACACCUAUGCCUUUACAACCUAAGUGUUAUUCACAAGAAGAAAUACUUUGAUUCUGAACUUGAGCUUAUGACAUACAUUAAUGAAAACUGGGAUAGAUUGCAUCCUGGAGAGCUGGCAGACACACCAAAAUCUGAAAGAUAUGAGCAUGUUCUGGAGGCAUUAAAUGAUUACAAGACCAUGUUUAUGUCUGGGAAAGAAAUAAAGAAGAAGAAGCAUUUGUUUGGGUUGCGAAUUCGUGUUCCUCCUGUGCCACCAAAUGUGGCUUUCAAAGCAGAGAAAGAACCUGAAGGAACAUCCCAUGAAUUUAAAAUUAAAGGCAGAAAGGCAUCCAAACCUAUAUCUGAUUCAAGGGAAGUAAGCAAUGGCAUAGAAAAAAAAGGAAAGAAAAAAUCCGUAGGUCGUCCACCUGGCCCAUAUACAAGAAAAAUGAUUCAGAAAACUGCUGAGCCACCUUUGGAUAAGGAAUCAAUUUCAGAGAAUCCUACCUUGGAUUUACCUUGUUCUAUAGGGAGAACUGAGGGAACUGCACAUUCAUCUAAUACCUCAGAUGUGGAUUUCACGGGUGCUUCCAGUGCAAAAGAAACUACCUCGUCUAGCAUUUCCAGGCAUUAUGGAUUAUCUGACUCCAGAAAAAGAACUCGUACAGGAAGAUCUUGGCCUGCUGCAAUACCACAUUUACGGAGGAGAAGGGGUCGUCUUCCAAGAAGAGCACUCCAGACUCAGAACUCAGAAAUUGUAAAAGAUGAUGAAGGCAAAGAAGAUUACCAAUUUGAUGAACUCAACACAGAGAUUUUGAAUAACUUAGCAGAUCAGGAGUUGCAACUCAAUCAUCUAAAGAACUCCAUUACCAGUUAUUUUGGUGCUGCAGGUAGAAUAGCAUGUGGUGAAAAAUACCGAGUAUUGGCUCGUCGGGUGACACUUGAUGGAAAGGUGCAGUAUCUUGUGGAAUGGGAAGGAGCAACUGCAUCCUGACUGUAGGACUGAACAUUAUGUUCACUGCACUCUCAUUUUCUGUAGGUACAGUUCAAAGCCCUAAAGGAUAAAGGAGUCUGGCUUUUACUAUCUUUCUUAAAAAAAAAAAAAAAGUCAAAAAAAUUCACAAAAGGAGAUGAUAACUAGCCUUAACAUGUACCUGUCAAUGUUAUGGAUAUUGUCAUAAAAAGAUAUCUUUUAAAAAUCAGAACAGAGACUUAAUUUUUUAAAUCUUAAGAUUUGUAGAAUGUUUCUAGGAUAGGAUAUUAAAAAUGAUUCAAAUCCAUGCAUGGUGUUAGAUAAUUUUUCUAAUUAUUCCAUUGAGUCAGUUUUUGUGAUUAGUGGUUAUCAGAUCAAACAGAUCAUGUAGAUAGAUAGCACAAGUAUUUGGAGAAACGUUGUCUGUUUUGUUACCAAAAUGUUGGAAAAAAUUUAUUUCAAUACCUUUCAGAUUUCAUAAAGUGCAGUGUAUAUAAUGCCUACUAAAAGACUGUAAAAUAUUGAAAUUUUCUUUCAAGCAAAAUGUAAAAAAUAUAUUGAGCCUGUAAAUUGCUCUGUGACUAGACUUCAUUGUCGUCUUAAUAUAUUCUUUGCAUGUGCAUAUAUAUACACAGGUGUGUAUAUAUAUGUGUGUGAUUAUGUGACCUAUGCAAUACAAAUUAUGGGAAUGGGCAGCUUUGGAGUAUAUAUCCCAUAAUUCUUUUUUCAGGAAUAGUUGCAGUAUUUACACAGCAGCAUUUCUUCUCAGGCUUUUAUUGGGUGCUGUUGCUUGCUAUGUAUGAAGAGAAAUGUGUCAAACAAGUUUAAAGUUUAGUGUGUUCUGAAGAAGGGUGUGAACAACAGUGUUCAUGGGCUUUUAGAAUGCUUUUCACUUUCAGUCCUUGUAACUCAGCUGUUCAGUACCUAAAACCAAUUCAAAUAAUAUGAACAUUAUCUCCUACUAGAAGUAACGUUUUCAAGUUUUCAUGGCACAUGAUGAUUGUAAAUGUCUCUCAGUUUUAACAGUAAGUCUAUAGGAGUCCCGUGAAGAUUCCUGAAAUGUCUGUAGUAACUGUUAGUCAUGUUGAAUAAGUGUAGUAUGAACAAAGUAUUUUAUUGCACAGGGUUAACAAACAGUAUGUUGCCUGACAAGGCUACUGCUGUUUUAUUACAACAUUACCUCUUGUUUUUAUAAAAUGUACCAAGAUUUAAAUUGAUAACUUUAUUUUACAUGUAAAAAAACAGUUUCUUUUAUCACCAGUGUUAGUUGUCUUCUGUUUCUUUUUGUUUUGUUUUGUUUGUUUGUUUUCUUUUUUAGCCAAAGAGUAAACAGAAGAAUAUUCUUAUUUUGGUGGCUAUUCAUUUUACUCUUAAAAGUGAUUGGUGGAUUUUGCCUAAAAAUUGGGGAAUUUGCCGCCAAAAUGAAAAAUAUGUAAAGUGUAGUGGUUACAGAGCGGUAAGAAUGUGGGUUAGUACUUAUUUAUUCCAUUGAUUGAUUAUUUGACUGUUUAUAAAGAAAGUUGCUUUAUUUCUUUAAACAUCUUCAAAAGAUGACCUUUUCUUGUCACAUUAUAGCCAAAAGAAGCAGAGAACUUCGUUGUCCUGCAUUUGGUUCCUGGUUGGCCAGGUAUAAAUGAGCUUUACAAAAGUGCAAAUUAAAAACUGUCACUUCUGUUUACCUCCACCAAAACUUGAUUUUCCCCUAGCUAUUAAUUUAAAGUUGCCUUUCCUGCAGCUGCAAUAUUUUGAAUAACACACAGAGUUUGUGUUGAUUUUGAAUGUUUGUUUAUAUCUAGGGGUAAUGGAAAAUGUAAAUCCCGUGUAACCUUAUUCACUCCACCUGUAUCAUAUUAUUUCAUUUUUCCCAAAGUCCUUUAAUUCUAACUGAACACCAGCAGUAUUUUAGUAACUCUUUCUUUAGUAUACCUGGAAGAUGAUUUAUUAAGCUGAACUGUGUUUAGACGUAAUUAUUGUGAAUGUCUGUUUUAUUUUAUCAUGGUGGUUCCACAUGGCUCUGAUGUUCAGUUUGUAUUUUUGGAAUUGCUUUACUUAGAAUUAAAACAGACCAACAUUAAAUGUGUGUAUUUUUUAAAGA